GAGAGGGGAGAGAGAGGAGAGGAGAGGGAGAGUAUAUUAUCAACACCGUGAGAGAGUAGAGGUGACUUCCUGGCCCUAAUUACCUCACCUGGCCUUCCGUUUCACCUGAGGCUCAUUAAAGGGGUCAGGUGUGGUGAUCAGCGGAGGUGUGUGCUGACCAUGUGAGGAGCAGCAACACACACACUGACACACCCACACACCCGCCACAGCACCCAGCAGCAGCACAGCACCACAGCAGCACCGCCACCAUGACGCAGCAACUUCACAGCUACUCCGGGCAGAACUAUGACCGAUGGGUGCAGCGGAACAGCAGCACCACCACGCUGGGCAAGGUGCAGAAGCAGUUUUGGUUCACUAAGAGCGCUGUGAUCCGCCGCCUGGGCAAGAAGGAGGACGAGCAUGUGGUUGCCUCCGACGCAGAGCUGGACGCCAAGAUUGAGCUGUUCAGGGCCAUCGAAGCCAGCACCAAGAAUCUCCAGGUGCUGCUGGCGGACUACCAGAACAAGAUCUGCAUCAUGGCGCAGGAGGAGAACGCCCUGGGCCGCCUGCUGAAGGAGCAGGGCAAGGUGGACCGCACCCGGGCUGGCAAGGUGAUGGCGGCGGCCGGCAAGAGCCUGAGCUACACGGCCCAGCAGCGCGUGGCCCUGAGGAACCCCCUGGUGCGGCUGUUCCAGGAGGUGGACACCUUCUACUCCAGGGCGGUGGAGGACACGGCAGCCACGGUGGUGGAAAUGGAGAAGGUGCGGACGGAGUACCGCGGGGCACUCAUGUGGAUGAAGAACGUGUCGCAGGACUUCAACCCAGACCAACACAGCCAGCUGGAGAAGUUUCGGGAGGUGCAGGCCACAGUGAAGCUGAAGAAGGCAAAGUUUGACCGCAUGAAGCUGAAGUCCCUGCAGAAGAUUGACCUGCUGGCGGCCUCCCGCUGCAACAUGUUCUCCCACGCCCUCAUCGUCUACCAGAACGGCCUGGUGGCCUUCUCUGAGAAGGCCGCCCGCACUAUGAACAACGUGGCCACCAGCUUCAAGGGCCACCAGCCCUACCAGUUCACUGUCAUCAGGGAGCUGGCCGACCUGCCGCUGGACGACGACGCAGAGGCCGGCCGAGACGACGGGGAGGAGGCCCAGGCUGACGGGGAGGGGGAGGGGGAGAAGAUGGACAAUGAUGAGAAGACCUUCUUUAACGCAGAGUACCACGACCAGCCCAGGAAGGCCAAGGACGGGGCCCCGGCCCCCGGUGGCAAGAAGGCCAAGGCCAGGAAGGCAGAGGCCAAGAAGACACCCUCGGACAGCCUGGUGAACCUGCUGGAGUACGACGGCAGUGGGGAGAGCGGCGGGGAGGGGAUAGAUGCCCCCUCUUCCCAGCUGGUGGACCUACUGGGGCCGGAGAUGGAGCUGCCGCGCACAGAGUCUGAGACACAGCAACUGCUGCGGGAACUGUUUGAGAGCCCCGUGCGCCAGCCACUGCCGGUGUUUGGCAGCAGCGACGUGGCCGCCACUCCUUCCAAAACCACCGCCACCACCACCACCACCACCACCACCACCUCAGGGCUGCCCCAGGAUCCCUCAGACCCCUUCUCCCUCCCCCUGGGCCCCCAGACACAGCCCGGCCAGCCGCCCCAGAACAUGUUUCUUCCGUCUCAGCUCCUGGACUUUGGCCUGCAGGGGUGGCAGCCCCCCACCACACCCAACACUGCCACACAGGCCACCCCCAGCCCCUCUGGUGCUGCCCGGCCCACCACCACUGCCACCAGCAGCAGCAGCCUGAAGGAGGAGGUGCAGAAGCUGGACUGGUACAAGGUGUUCCAGGACAUUGACCCCCUGGCGGACCCUGCCAAUGCUCUCUUCAGCCCUGCGGCAGAGGAGGGCAAGCAGUGCUAGGCCUCCCAUGCUGUCUCUGCUGCUGCUGCUGCUGCUGCCGCUGCCGCUGCCUCUGUCAGAUCUUCCGGGCCGUGGAGGCCGCCACAGUUGAAUUGACGCCUUAGUGCACAGACGCCCCCUGCACCCCACCCCACCCCGCCCAACACCCACCAGGGCCACCAUGGCACUCACUGCCUGGCACCCCGUGUGUUGGUGUGAGUGCCAGCCAACUAACGGGCCAAACAGCUCUCCACACACACACACACACACACACACACACACACACACACACACACACACACACACACACACACACACACACACACACACACACACACACAUAUACACAGAGCAAGGGGGUGGUCAGUUUGUCUGUCUGUCUGUGCACCUAAAGAGGACAAACAUUUUAGUACUGGAUUCAUUCCUGCAACACUGACUCUCUGUCCUGCCGCCACUGCCGCUGCUGCAGUUGUUAUGUACCUACACGUAUUUGCUGAUUUGUUCCUUGUGGCUCAUUUGUACAGGAGGCAUUCCACUGGUAGGCCUAAGUUGAUCAGUAGCCUUGGUUGAUUAUUUAGUACCACUACCACCACCACCACCAUUAGUUCACACUGCUCUGCUAGUCACUGCAUCACACCAGUCUAGUCACACACACACACACACACAAACCAUACCUAAACUCAUAAACACACACACACACACACACACACACACACACACACACACACACACACACACACACACACACACACACACACACAUGGAAGGGAGUAGAGGAGAGAGUGAUAAGGAGUGAAAAGGAAAGACCAGAUAAUUGAAUGAUAAAGAGGAAAUACCAGUUAUAGAUAGAGACAGGACAUGACACACACACACACACACACACACACACACACACACACACACACACACACACACACACACACACACACACACACACACACACACAC